GAGCCAGGGUGUCGUGGAGCGGGUCCUUCUGCCGGAGUGACUCCAGACGCUGAGAAGCAAACAUGUGGGAGGAGAGCUUUGAUAAGGAGCAGGACGUGGGCCAAAACCUGGACUACUCGCCCGUGUCGUGGCGUGAGUAUUUCGACCAAAUGGAGGAUGUGAGCGUGGGCCAGGCCGACAGCCGAGACGUCUUUAGGGUUUACAAAGCGGGAUGUGAGGGCCCCCUGCUGGUUCUUCUGCACGGAGGAGGACACUCGGCCCUGUCCUGGGCGGUCUUCACCACCGCCAUCGCUGCCAGAGUGGGCUGCCAGGUGCUCGCCAUGGACCUCAGGGGUCACGGUGACACUCUGGUCCGCCAAUCGGAUGACUUCUCCACUCAAACCAUGUCCAGUGAUGUAGCCAACGUGGUCCGAGCCUGCCACGGCGAGAUCCCUCCCCCCGUGGUCCUGAUUGGCCACGGUGUCGGCGGCGCCAUCGCGGUGCACGCAGCCAGCAAUGCACUGAUGCCCACCACGGUGGGACUUGUGGCCAUCGACGUCGUGGAGGGAAGUGCGAUGGAGGCGCUUCACAGCAUACAGAACUUCCUGAAGGGAAGACCCAAGUCCUUCAAGUCUAUGGACCACGCCAUUGAGUGGAGCGUCAAGAGCGGACAAAUCCGUAACCUGGAAUCCGCCAGAGUGUCUAUGGUUGGUCAGAUCAAAAGGUGUGAAGCGGAGGAGACCGACAUGCUGGAGCGGGCCGGCCCGGUCAAGGACGUGGUGGAGGAACGCAAUGAGGAGUUCUAUGACCGAAGCUACGUCGACGAAGAGGAGAACGCCGCCACAGAGGCCAGCGUCGGCGAAGGCCAGAGUGUCUACAAAUGGCGCAUAGAUCUGUCCAAAUCUGAGAAGUACUGGGACGGCUGGUUUCGAGGAACCUCAAACCUGUUUUUGGCCUGCAACCUGCCCAAACUCCUCCUGUUGGCAGGAAUCGACCGGCUGGACCGAGACCUGACCAUUGGUCAGAUGCAAGGUAAAUUCAUGAUGCAGGUGCUGCCACCCUGUGGUCAUGCAGUGCAAGAAGACAAUCCAGACAAAGUAGCUGACGCCGUGGCCGCGUUCCUGUUGCGACACAAGUUCACGGAAACCAGAAGCGAAAGAACGAGGUAA